UUUUUUGGGAAUUUUUUAAAGACUUUUUUCGGACAAGUGCCAUGUGAUAUUUUAGUAAAAAUAUGACAAUAUAUUUGUACAACUCUUGUCUUUAUGUACAAAUGAUGAUAUAGGAGUUGUAAAUUAGAGGCACGGACACAGAUACAAAAAUAGAUUUACUGAUACAAAUCACUCUGCAUUAAUUUGUGCAUUGAGUUUUACAAGUUACAUAACAUUACAUUUGUUUGUGAAUACUUAUGAGACUGUUUUGACACUGUAGCUCUACUGCUCUUCUUUUUCUGCAUAAAGAGUCAUUUUACUUUUGAUACUUUAAGUAUAUUUUGAUGCUAAUACUUUUGUACUUUUCCUUCAGUACAAUGUGGACUUGUAACAGAGUAUUUCUACACUGUAGUAUUACUACUUGUACUUCAGUAUCAGAGUACUUGUUGUUGUUGUUGUUGUUGUUCGCCCUCCGGUCCAGCAGGGUUCGCUGUUCGCUUCCGCCGCUUCGCUCUCGUCGCAGCGAACUGUCGUCUACGCGGAACUCCGUGUUUGGUGUCUGGUGUGUUUACGGCCCCGCUGGCUCUCUUUGUCCGCAGAAAAGGAGCAGAAUGUGCGCCGUGCAGCUGCUGCGGGUGUCGGUACAUGAGCGGAUCGGCGCCGCCGCUGAAGACGUUCUGCUGCGGGUGGAAAAAGGAGAAGAAGCGGCUGAAAUCCCGGCGCUGAGAGCGCUGCUCACCGAGCGGCUAACGGCGGCUGCGGAGGAGAUUGUCGGUCUGUUUGAGGAAACCGUGGCGGAGUACGAAGACAGAGCUGAGCGGUCAGAGCGGGAGAUCUGCCGCCAGAGGAGGCUGCUCGAUGCCGUGCUGAAGCCCCAAGUCAAGCUGACCAGAGCAGACGCCCAGCUGUUGGUGAGUCGAGAAGAGGUUCCCCCUGAACAGCAGGAGUGGAGCUCCAGUGUGGACCAGGAGUACCCAGAGCCCCCACACAUUAAAGAGGAACAUGAGGAACUCUGGACCAGUCAGGAGAGAGAGCAGCUUCAAGGGCUGGAGGAGGCUGAUAUCACCAAGUUCACAUUCACUCCUGUCCCUGUGAAGAGUGAAGAAGAUGAUGAAGAGAAACCUAAGUCCUCACAGCUUCAUCAAAGACAAACUGAACAGAAGGAAACAGAAGCUGAUGGAGAGGACUGUGGAGGACCAGAACCAGCCAGGAACUCAGAUCCAGAUAAACAUCCAGAACCAGAUACUGAUGACAAGACUGGAGACUUUUAUAUAGCUGAGAUUGAAGUCAGUUGUGAUGAAUGGGAGGAGACCAGAGAACCUCAGUCAGGUUUAAAUUCUCUGAAUAAUGAUGAAGUGCCUGUCAGUGAUUCCAGAUGUAGUGCGGGUGAGAAACCAUUUAGCUGCUCUGAGUGUGAUAAAAGAUUUGGCUUCAAGUCAAGUCUGAAGAAACACAUGAGAACUCAUACAGGAGAAAAACCUUUCAGCUGCUCAGUUUGUAAGAAAUCUUUUGCGCGGAGUGGAUGUUUACAGAGACACAUGAGAAUCCACACUGGAGAGAAACCUUUCAGCUGCUCAGUGUGCGAUAAAAGUUUUGUUGAAAGAGGAAAACUGAAGAGACACAUGAGAUAUCACACAGGAGAGAAACCAUUCAGCUGCUCAGUCUGUAAGAUCUUUUACAGAGAGUGGAAGUUCUCAGAGACAUAUGAGAACCCACACCGGAGAGAAAAGAUUCAGCUGCAGUGUUUGUGACCAAAGAUUCGCUUGGCUUCAUCAGCUCCGAAACCAUCAAUGUGUUGGUCGUCAGUCCUCACAGCUUCAUCAGACUCAAACUGAAGAGAACAGAGAGGCAGAGCCUCCAGCCAGCAGCUCAACUGAACAG